CGCGUUGCGCGGGCGCGCGAGCAGCAGGUGCGCCGCUUCGAGCUGGUUCCGGAGGAAGACGUGCGCUUUUUGUGCGUCAAGGCGGAAGAGAUUUUGGCGAACGAGCCGAACGUGAUCCAUCUGAGCACGCCGAUCACGAUUUGCGGAGACAUCCACGGACAGUUCUACGACUUGCUUGAGUUGUUCCACGUCGGCGGUUUCGUGCCCGAGACGAAGUAUCUGUUCCUCGGCGACUUCGUGGACCGCGGCUUCUACAGCGUCGAAACCUUUCUGCUGCUGCUGGCGUACAAGGUGCGCUACCGCGACCGCGUGACGCUGCUGCGCGGCAACCACGAAAGUCGGCAGAUCACGCAGGUGUACGGCUUCUACGACGAGUGCUUGCGCAAGUACGGGAACGCGUCCGUGUGGCGCAUGUGCACGGAGAUCUUCGACUACUUGGCGCUCGCCUGCGUGGUCGACGGCAAGUACUUCUGCGUGCACGGCGGGCUCAGCCCGAGCCUGCAAAGCAUCGACGCGCUGCAGGCGCUGGACCGCAAGCAGGAGAUCCCACACGAAGGCAUCAUUUGCGACAUCCUCUGGAGCGACCCGGACAACAUCGAGUUUUGGGCGGCGAGUCCGCGCGGCGCGGGCUUCGUGUUCGGCCAGGGUCCGGUGGACCAGUUCUGCUACGCGAACAACAUCGAGUUCAUCGUGCGCGCGCACCAACUGGUGAUGGACGGGUACAAGUGGUGGUUCAACAAAAAACUGGUUACGAUCUGGAGCGCGCCGAACUACUGCUACCGCUGCGGAAACAGCGCGAGCAUUUUAGAGAUAGACGAAGCGGGCACGUGCGAAUUCAAGAACUUCGAGGCGGCGCCGCCGAGCGAACGUGGCAACACGCUCGGCAGCUCGCUGCCCGACUACUUUUUGUAG